GCCGCCUCCCGGCGGGCUUUGCGCGUGGUGCCGCCCCUGCCGCCCUCGGGGCCGGGCAGGGAAGAUGGCGGCAGGGCCGGGAAAGCACAAGCUGCUGAGCGCCGGCCCCACCGAGCCCUGGUCCAUCCGCGAGAAACUCUGCCUGGCCUCCUCCGUCAUGCGCAGCGGCGACCAGAACUGGGUCUCAGUCAGCAGAGCCAUCAAACCUUUUGCAGAGCCAGGACGCCCACCUGACUGGUUUUCCCAAAAGCACUGUGCAUCUCAGUACUCAGAGCUCUUGGAGACCACAGAGACCCCAAAAAGGAAACGUGGUGAGAAGGGGGAAGUUGUGGAGACAGUGGAAGAUGUUAUUGUGCGGAAACUGACUGCAGAGAGGGUUGAGGAGUUGAAGAAAAUUAUUAAAGAAACACAGGAAAAGUACAGGCAACUCAAGAAGGAUGCAGAGCUGAUCCAGGCCGGACACAUGGAUAACAGACUGGAGGAGCUGUGCAAUGAGAUUAUGAUGAAGAAAAAAAUGGAAGAGGAGGAGGCAGAAGUCAAGAGGAAGGCUACAGAUGCUGCUUAUCAGGCUCGCCAGGCCAUUAAGAACCCACCUCGAAGGCUCACAGGGGUGAUGGUUCGUUCUCCUGCAGGCUCCACCUCUCCGGGCGGGGAUUAUUCCCUCGGAGAUCUGUCCCAGCCCGCUGGGGAUGAGGCCAGUCCAGGGGUCACGCCAGGGACAUUGCCCAGCACCCCAGUUGCCUCCUUCAUUGGAAUCCCUGACACCCCUCCAGGCUCUGCUCCCCUGGAUGCCCCCAUGACCCCAGUCACUGAUGAUUCACCCCAGAAAAAGAUGCUAGGACAAAAAGCAACUCCGCCUCCUUCCCCUCUGCUCUCAGAGCUGCUGAAGAAGGGCAGUCUCCUGCCCACAAGCCCCAGGCUGGUUGGUGAAAAUGAAAUGGCAGUGGCUUCUGGUCACAUGAACAGCUCUGGAGUGCUGCUGGAGGUAGGAAGUGUCCUUCCAGUGCUGCACAGUGGGGAAAUGCAGUCAGCACCUGGUGCUGUCCCUGCAUCUCCAGCUGCUUCAGGUGCUCCUACGCUUUCUCGGCUUUUAGAAGCUGGUCCUGCACAGUUCACCUCACCUCUUGCUUCCUUCUCCGCUGUUGCCAGCGAGCCUCCAGCUAAGCUCCUGCCACCCCCAGUAGAGCCUGUGUCCCAGGCCACUAUUGUCAUGAUGCCCACACUGUCAGCACCAGCCGUUGUGCCACCAGCUGCAGCUGCAGAAAGCGUAGCCACAGUGAGCCAGCCAGAAGCCUGUGUUUCCAUGGAGGCAGUGUCUGAUUCCCAUACUGUGACAGUGUCCAUGGACAGCAGUGAAAUAUCAAUGAUCAUUGAUUCCAUCAAGAAAGAGUGCCUGGGUUCUGGGGCUGGCAGCACUGCAGGAUCUUCCAAAGAUCACUGCAUGGAUGGGAAGGAAGAUCUGGAUUUGGCUGAAAAAAUGGAUAUUGCAGUGUCCUAUACGGGGGAAGAGCUGGACUUUGAUACGGUUGGAAAUAUUAUAGCCAUCAUUGAGGACAAGGUAGACGACCACCCUGAAGUCCUGGAUGCAGCAGUUGUUGAAGCUGCUCUGUCUUCUUUCUGUGAAGAUACCGAUGACCCUCAGACCCUUCCUGGCCCAUGGGAGCAUUCAAUUCGCCAGGAGCAUGAGAAACAGGCCCAGAUGCCACAAGUGUCUGUGACUGUGAAGCAGGAGAGACUGGAGUGUGAGGAGCCAGAGGCAAAGGGAAUUCGAGAUCUAAUGGGCAUCAGUGAGCUGGGGUCAGAAAUAAAGACUGAACUUGCAGAGCAGGACCAGAGUCAGCUGGGCCCUGAAGAAACCAUACCAGCAACUGCCAGAGUGACAGAAACUCCAGAGCUUAGAAACCAAGAGAUAGAAGAAGAUCAAAGAGCAGCUGUAACAUCAGGAGAGACUUCUGAAAUCAAAAUAGAGUCAUCCCAGGGAGAAGAUGCAGUGCUCAAUCCAGUGAAGACAGAGACCCCACCUGAUGAUGAUUCAUCCCCUCCACAAGUCCCAAAUGUGAGUGAAGACUCCUCACAGGCUGAUGUUCAGCACAAAUUUGAGCUGUCAGAAUCAAUGAAGGAGGAGGCCCAAGCCCUAUUUAGGAGUCAGAUGAAGGAUGGGCAGGGUGAGGAGGAUGAUGAGGACGGUGCCAGUGAGGCUGCCAGUUUGGAGGAGCCCAAAGAAGAAGACCAGGGUGAGGGCUAUCUCUCAGAGAUGGAUAACGAGCCCCCCGUGAGCGAGAGCGACGACGGCUUCAGCGUCCACAACGCGCCCUUGCAGUCGCACGCGCUCGCCGACUCCAUCCCCAGCAGCCCGGCCUCCUCGCAGUUCUCAGUGUGCAGUGAGGACCAGGAAGCGAUACAGGCUCAGAAGAUCUGGAAGAAAGCCAUCAUGCUGGUUUGGAGAGCAGCAGCUAAUCACAGGUAUGCCAAUGUCUUCUUACAGCCUGUAACUGAUGACAUAGCACCAGGCUACCACAGCAUUGUGCAGAGGCCAAUGGAUUUAUCUACCAUCAAAAAGAACAUUGAGAACGGGCUGAUCCGAACCACGGCCGAGUUCCAGCGGGAUAUUAUGCUGAUGUUUCAGAAUGCAGUGAUGUACAACAGCUCUGACCAUGAUGUGUACCACAUGGCUGUGGAGAUGCAGAGAGAUGUCCUGGAGCAGAUCCAGCAAUUUCUGGCCACACAACUGAUGAUGCAAACAUCAGAGUCAGGGAUCAGUGCAAAGAGCCUGCGGGGGCGAGACUCCACUCGCAAGCAGGAUGCUUCAGAGAAGGACGGAGGCACCAGAGGGCGGCGCUGCGCCAUCGAGGCAGACAUGAAGAUGAAGAAGUGAUGCUGCAGACACAAAAUCCCAGCAGAAUCCCAGGCAUCCGGAGCUGGAGUGUGAGCAGGCAGCUCUUAACAGCUGUUGGAGGAGGAAAAAAAGCUGCAGGUCCAUUUCUGGGACCUAGUUCACCACCUUCACUUGCCCUUCUGGAAAAGCUGUGUCUUGUCAGAAUGUGUAACCCAAAGAAACUUCCCUAGAGGGGAAGACCAGCCCCCCUGCCUGUUUUAGGGCAGUUGUCUUGGGCUUCAUCAGUGUUCUGGUGUUAGCUAGCAGCUGGUGGCUCGUACGUACUGUAAUGUGAAGUGUACAGAUUUUUACUAGUGAUGUGUAAAUGUGAUGUAUAUUAAAAUCUGGGAACAAA